UUAGAAGUGGUUAUAUAGAAGCCGGUCUGUUGCGUACUUGCGUCUCAUUUUCAAACAGUAUUCAGUACAUGGUGUGCUAAUAUUAUUUCAGAUAUAAGAAUUUUAUUGUUGUUUCUAUUUAUUAAAAAAGAACAUCAAUAUGUCUUCUCUAACUAAACCAAAGUCUGAAAUGACUCCUGAGGAGUUAGCAAAACGAGAGGAAGAGGAAUUUAACACAGGACCACUUUCUGUGUUAACUCAGUCUGUAAAAAAUAAUACACAAGUAUUAAUCAAUUGCAGAAACAAUAAAAAAUUGUUGGGAAGAGUAAAAGCAUUCGACAGGCAUUGUAAUAUGGUUUUAGAAAAUGUAAAAGAAAUGUGGACAGAACUUCCACGUACAGGAAAAGGAAAGAAGAAGGCAAAACCAGUAAAUAAAGAUAGAUUCAUCUCAAAAAUGUUUUUACGAGGUGAUUCUGUUAUUCUAGUUCUAAGAAAUCCACUAGCAACAGCAUCAGGAAAAUAAUUUUCGGAUAAGUUACUACUUUAUAAUUACAAUAAGGAUGACACACUGAUAAUAAACUUUUUGAUAUAAGCUA